AUGAUCGCGGAAGUGAUCCUGUCGAUCACGCUUUCCCUGAUCCUGGCGAGGACCCUGUUCGCCAUGGAUGCCAUCCGAGAUAUCCGCGGGUACAAGAGCGUCGUCUGCCGUGCCGCUAAGGCCGCCCAUAGCCUGCAGCAGCCGUCAUCGUCGUCCCAGGGUGGAAGGCGACCAUCAUUACCCUCAAACGAUGCCGUUAGCACCCCCAGGGCACGGACACACAGCGCGGGCUCUCCGCAAGUCAGGUUCCUUCAUAUUACGCUGCUAGUUACGCACGUCGUGUCGGUCAUGGCGGUCGUCGCCGCAUUGUUCAAAUAUACGCUACCCGUGACAGUGGAAAACUGCACGGCGACCCACAAGGUCCUGGUGUCCAUGCUACUCCUCUACGAUGCGAGUCUCCUGACGUUCCUCCUCGCCAAGGUCCACGUGACGAACGGCCACAGGAAGCUCGCGUGGUGGGAGACGGCCAUCGUCUGGAUCAGCAGAGGAUAUGCGUGGAUCUAUUUACCCAUCGUCGCGGUGGCUAUUCCGUACCAGUUCCGCGGCGGCACCAACGAUGAGAGGACGUUUUGCAUUAACGGGUACAACAUGGACGACGACGCCGACGAAGUACACGAAAACAUCCGGGGAUACGGCUCAAACAUGGGUUCACUCAUAAUCCAGUUCGUGCUGCUUCUGAUCCUGUUCGUGCGGCCCCUCCUGGUGCGCCUUGAAGGCUCCCAGUCUGGAGAGGCCAUCUACCGGAGGGUGGUCAUCAAAAACAUAACGUGCACCAUUGCGGUUGUCACCGCCUACGCGGUCACAACAGUGGUGGUGAUCGCCGCUCUGCUUAGGCAGAACAACGACAGUAACACGAUUGCCCUCCCUCUGGGUUUCACUAGCUGUUGGAAGGCGUGCUCCCUCGAGCUCUGCACGUGGCCCUCUUCCUCGAAAGAAGGGCCGUCGGACUUGGAAACGGCGAUGACAGGCGAUUCCUCCGGCAGCGGCACUGCGGCGAACAACCACAACAGAGACGUGCCGUAACAGCAAAACGUGACGUCGACGGCACAGCGGCAAGGGGGAGAUCUACACACACGAGGAGACGGGUCUCACUUUAUGUGAAAAUUCCGCUCGAAGUGAAAUAAUGGAAACUGUUGCCACUCCUCCAACAACUAACGUGUUGUUCGGGUCGUUCUUGUGUCUGGCGUUCCGUGGGUAGGGGGACGGCUUUCUUUUUUUUGUUGUUAUGGGGUGGGUCUUGCUCUGUUCAACAGGUACGACCUCCUUUCGUUCCGUCGUGAAUUUUGCUGUUCUUGUGUAGAGAGCCUUUUGUCCAUGGGACUGCUAUCGAAUCGCGUAUUGUCGUGCAUGCGGGCAAAAAAAAGGGUAGAUGAUUUGUUGUGGUGCUGUGGAAAGAUAUACAAUUGCACGUCUUGCUCUGUUCAGUAGGCCACAACGGCACCUUCAAAGUACCUCCUUCCGUUGUGAUUUUCCCUGCGCUUGUGUGUAGCUUUGUCAACGGGACUGUCGAAUCAAGAAUACUGUUUUUUGUGUGUGUGUUCUUGAUGCAGUAGGUAGUUUGCUUGCUCUGUUCGGUCGCCAAGACCACCUUCGUGUUUCUCUCUCAUUCGGUA